CGAGGAUUAAAAAAAAUGGGUACACUUGAUAAGUUGGGGAACUGGCCCUUUGCAUCUCUGAUGGCCACCAUUAUUGUCUUUGUGGGAGUGGGGGUGUUUUGUGGCACCCUGUACCGAGCAUUACAGAUCAUCAUUAUCAAUGUUAUGGAGGGGUUGUUCCAGUUUACAGUGACUUGGCUGUCUGUGGUUCAGAUUGUGUUCAUCGUGAUUGCCAUAGUGAUGGCGCUGUUCUCCAUUGUCCUGUUGGUUUUCGGUUUCCUUGCAACAGGAGCAACCAGACAAAAUGUAUACUCGGGGAAGAGAUGCAUUAUGGGAGGACAAGUGUCUGCUGGUUUUUUUAUGAUGAUGUCAUUCCUGCUGAGUUUAGUCUGGCUGGUGAUUGUGGGUGUGGCCACCAUUCCUGUGUUUCUGUACAUCAUGCUGGGGUCCAUCUGUAACCAGGAAGUUUACCACAACAAUUAUCAAACUGUGGCUUACUGCUUCAGACUCAAACAUUAUGGUAUCUACAGGAAUUCCACAUACCCAUUUCUGGGUGUUGCUGCUCCAGGGAGGGAUGAAAUCUGUAACCCUGUUGAGCUAAGGGUCCUAUGUGAUAGGUUUGCUGAGGCAGGUCCUCUGUUCUGUGUAGCCCUAGCUGGGGCAGCGUGUAUCGUCAUUGGUAUGCUUUUAUUCAUGUCCACCCUAUCAGCUAACUACACCAGAAUCAAAAUCUCCAAGGAGCUGACGGAUUACCGCAAUGCUGUGGACAUGGAGGAGAUAGACCUACACAGCAACAUGAAGGGGAUAAUGGAUCAGUCGUACGACAAAAGCAGCUACCGGUGAUCUGAUUCACUGAAACGUUUGGAAGAUUAAGCAUAUCCUGUACAACAUGAGAAAAUCCAUAUUUUUGAAAUCUUUGUCCAUUCCUACAGAUUAGAUUACCUGGUACCUUUAUGAAGGACUGGAUGUAUCUUGUCUUAGCAAUUGUAUUAAAAUUACAUGUAUUAACACUUCAAUGUUGUGAUGAGCAUUCAAAACUUUUGUGCAUAUAAAGUUACUUGUGACUAUCAUUGUGUUAUUUCAGAAUGAGUCUUUUUAUCUGCAAACUUAUCUUUUGUAUAUUGCGUGGUUGUGAAAGGGUGUUUUUUUUUAUACAUGUAUUUUUUUGUUUGUAAUGAACACAAAAAAUGUGAUAUGUGUUACCCAAGGGUUAUGUGCAGUAAACUUUUGAAAAUAUAUUGUACAAAAUAUCAGUUAUCCCUUAAAAAAAUAUUUUAUGCAUAAACAUUCCAGAUUUUACGACAUAUCAGCAUAUUUUCCACUAAUAAGAAAAGUUUAUUGUUUUUUUUUUUGUUUUUUUUUUCUUUAUAUAUAAGACUUGCCCUAUUCUGAUUGAUCUUCAUUUUGUUCACAUAUUAGAAGGGAAAUAACUCCCAUUGCACAUUUGAGUGUUUAUCUGCGGUUACUUGUGUAUACCUUCAUUUUUUAUCGUUUUUAUACAUAUCUUAUCAUAUUGAAAUCAUUUUUAUAUUUUUUGCCAUAUUUUCAGAGAUGAGAUACAUAUCUUUAAUCUAACCUGACCAUAACUUUUUUUAUGAACAUGUUCUUUGUGUGUUUAAGUGCAUGUGUAUAUUUUGAAAUAUAUAUGUCUACUAAAUUUUUUUUUUAAUAUAUAUAUUUUGAAUAUAAAGGUUGCUUUGUAGACAGUUUAUAUUCUGCCUAAAGGCAUUGCAAUUUUAUGCCAUAUAAAAAUACCUUUGCAAAAAUUCAGUUAUCAAGUUCCCUUCACUCCCCAGAAAAUCAUUAAUGAUUUAUAAAUUGAUAUUUGAUAUUAGGAAACAUCUGUCUGUAAUAUUUUAAUAUAAAGUAAUUUCUUUGUAUUUUUUGCUGUGCAAAAACCAAUGAGAAAAAAUGUAAUUUAGUGUUAAGUGUGGAAAUACUGAUUUUACGUAUUUCAAAUUUAUCAAAAUGCCUCUGUCUUUUAUGAUUUGACUUGUGUAUAUUUUGAAUCAAAUUCGCAUCGUAUGUAUACUAGAUGCAAGUGCAUUAUGUAUCUAAUAAAAAAUCUAAAGUAAA